AUGCUAUUACAGCUCAAAGCCAAGGGAGCUUUUGACAGUUGCACUCUGAAGAGCAUCAUUAUCCCCAAAAAAGAGAAACCUGAACAUACCUACCAAAAAGAAGAUAACCUGCAGAAUGGUCUGCAAAAAGAAGCCACAGUUCUUGGGACUAUCCAGAUCCUAUGUUGCCUGUUGAUUUCAAGUUUGGGGGCCACUUUGGUUUCUGCCACCUAUUCCUCCCACUUCAACCCAGCAGUUUCCACCAUUUUGAUGUCUGGAUACCCAUUUGUAGGAGCUCUUUGUUUUGCCAUUACCGGAUCCCUCUCAAUCAUCUCUGGGAAAAAAUCAACUAAGCCCUUUGCUCUGAGCAGCUUGACCUCAAAUGCAAUGAGUUCCAUUGCUGCUGGAGCAGGCUUCUUCCUCCUCACUGACAGCCUGGUGGACCUGGGGACUGUCUCUCAACAUUGUGACUCAGAAAAAAAUUUUCUGUCCUCAUUGCCUUAUUCAGAGUACUAUAAUUCAAUAUAUGAAGUCAAGGACUGUAUCCUGGAUGGUGCCAGUCUAACAGGUGUUCUGGUGGUGAUGCUUAUCUUCACUGUGCUGGAGCUUUUACUAGCUGCAUACGCUUCUGUCCUGUGGUGGAAACAGGUCUACUCCAGCAACCCUGGGAGUGCACUUUUCUUACCUCGAUCACAAGAUCAUAUCCAACAUGUCAAAAAGAGUUUUUCAAGGACUGAGUUGAGGAGCCAGGGGCUCAUUGCCAAGGACUCCAUGUGGCACUGGUGGAGAAGUUGA